CCGGGACGUGGACGCGGAAGUGGCUGGCACGGCGGGUGGUGAGUGCGGUCGGGUCCGGAUUGGGUCCCACUCAGGACCAUGGCGAGAGCCACUGCCGCCGCCGGCAAGGGCGUGAACCUGCGGGACAAGCUGGAGGGCAACGAGCUGGACCUGAGUCUCAGCGACCUGAGCGAGGUGCCCNCCUCCUCCCAGGCUGCCCUCCCGAAGGCUACGGUGCUGGACCUGUCCUGCAACAACCUGGCUGCGCUGCCGUCGGACUUCUGCAGUUUGACCCACCUGGUGAAGCUGGACCUCAGCAAAAACCAGCUGCAGCAGCUGCCCUCGGACUUUGGGCGCCUGGUGAAUUUGCAGCACUUGGACCUCCUGAACAACCGGCUGGUCACCCUGCCUGUCAGCUUUGCGCAGCUCAAGAAUUUGAAGUGGCUGGACCUGAAGGACAACCCCUUGGAUCCCACCCUGGCCAAGGUGGCAGGAGACUGCCUGGAUGAGAAACAGUGUAAACAGGCGGCCAUCAGGGUGCUGCAGUAUAUGAAAGCCAUCCAGUCAGAGCAGGAUCGCGAGAGACAGCGGAGGCUACAAGCAGAGCGAGAACUGGAGAAGCAGCGUGAAGCAGAGCAGCGAAAAAGGGAGGCUCAGGAGAGGGAAAUGCGGAGGAGAGAGAAGGCAGAAGAGAAGGAACGCAGAAGGCGAGAGUACGAUGCACUAAGAGCUGUAAAGCAGGAGAUGGAAACACAAAGGAAGAAAGAAUCCCCUGAGAGCCCCAAGCUCUCAUCUGCUUCCCGUCCAUCGAAGCUGCCCCAGCGCAGGCGUUCGUGGUCCCAGGCGCUGCUGAGGCUGUUGCUCAUGCUGUUGCUCUGUGCCCUCUGCACGUUGGCUGUGUGCAGGAUGACUGAGCUGCAGCGCCAGCCACUGUGUGUCAGUGUGAACACUCUGUUCGAGGACGUGGUCACUGCCGUGCGGAGCCACAAAACCUUGCAGAACAUGCUUCAUCGGAACUCGCAGCAGUGAAUGUGCUACCCGGACACUUGCAUUCCCAGCAUCUCUGCCACCAUCCGCACAGCCAGAAUUCCUAUGGAAUCGUGUCCCGAUGAAAACUGCUUUCAGUCAGGCAGCGCUGGAUUUGCUGGUCCACUCCAAA